UUAAAUUAAAUUAAAAUUAAAAAUCACAUUUUCCUCGUGAAACGCGAGUGUCACCCUCUUGGCUUCCCCUAAAAAGCUUCGCCCUCACACUCACAAAAACCUCAGAAAAUCUCAUCAUCAAUCACCUUUAGCCAUGGCUGCAGCCACCAACAAUAGCCUUUCUGGUGAUAGCUGUACGCCACAAUCUCCAACCUUCCAGCAACGAAUUGGUGCGUAGGUUAAGCCCGUCACCCUGACAGCUGACCAAUAGCACACACAUCCCCUCUUCCUCCCUCAACGACUCAAUCCGGUGAUGCUCGGAUUUCUUUGCGCGCGCCGGAAGACUUGGAUCGUCAGCUCCCUCUCGUCCUUCGCUCACGGCUCGGCGGCGGCUCACCAGAGCCGGCUCCUCCAAGCCCAUACCUUUCCCCUUAUUCAUCAGCAAAUCGCUAGCUUCUCCUGCGGUUUUGAGACCCGGCGCCACCACCACUCGAGCGCGUGCCAGCUCGGCUCGGCUUGCGGCACCGGCGCGGCAUCGAUAUGGCACGCCUUGCUCCCUUCCUCCGGCAACCGGAGAUCUGGAGAUCUCCUCCGGCCGGCGAUCCACUACGAGCUUAAGGGAGAGGGGUCGUGGAACGCCGCUUGGGACGCACGGCCAGCUCGCUGGCUCCACCGUCCCGACUCGGCUUGGCUACUCUUCGGCGUCUGCAACUGCUUAGCCCCGAUCGACUGGGCUGACGACUCUACUCCUGACGGAAACGACGGCGUUUCGAACGAGAAUGCUGAGAGUUUUGAUUCGAAAUGCUCAGCUGCUCCUGAUCAGAAUAACAUUGAUAACUCCGCUGAUUACAGAGUUACAGGGGUGCCAGCCGAUGGUCGAUGCCUAUUCAGAGCGAUAGCACACGUGGCUUGCUUGAGAAAUGGGGAGGAAGCCCCUGAUGAAAAUCGUCAGAGAGAUCUCGCUGAUGAAUUAAGAGCUCAAGUCGUAGACGAGCUCUUAAAGAGGCGGGAGGAAACAGAAUGGUUCAUCGAAGGUGAUUUUGAUGCGUAUGUGAAGAGACUUCAACAGCCUUAUGUUUGGGGUGGAGAACCUGAGUUGCUGAUGGCUUCUCAUGUUUUAAAGACACCAAUAUCUGUCUUCAUGAUAGAUAGAAGCUCGGCUGGUUUGGUUAACAUAGCAAAUUAUGGUGAAGAGUAUCGGAAAGAAGAGGAGAAACCAAUCAAUGUUCUCUUUCAUGGAUAUGGACACUAUGACAUCUUGGAUUCUUUCUCAGAACAGAGUCUGAAGAAACUAAACAUGUAGAAGUUGGAUAUGGUUAUAUAAACAUAAAUUCCUUGGGAUCAAAUAAAUCACAUUGUUGUAGAAGAGCUUACAACUUUAGUGAGGGAAGAGUUUCCCCGAUGAGGAACAUGUUUCAAGUUCAUUAGUUUGCUGCAAUGACCUUGAUUCAAGUAAUAGAUUAAGACUAAGUAGCUAGGCUGAAGGCAGGGAAGGCUAGCCAGUCCGGCAACUGCUGGCCACUGACAAGGAGUCAACUAGCGAUUCCAGCUUCUUAGAGAUAAUGAUUUGAAUAAAUAUUUCCUUCCAAGGCCAGCUAUUGGAGUUACGUUGCAUUCAUUAAUUUGGCUGGUUCAAUUUUGAAGGUUCAUUAUUUUUGUUUGAAAAUUCAAAGGCAGGUUUACUUGAUACUUUUUAGUUUCCUGGUGUUC